AUGGCGCCACCUGUCGACGCCAACUUUUUCUUCACGUAAACGCAGAGAGCUUGCAGAUCGGCACGGUGGCGCCAUCCGUAAAAUACUCGGCAGGGACUCGGAAGGGUAAGGGUCGAUUCGUCGUGCCAUCGAGUUCGAAAACAGUUUGACACAUUUCACGUAUUUAGAAAAGAGGUCGUUUCGCACGUGUCGUACGACGAGCGUAAUAUUCCACAACAUAGAACGUGCUUAGCUGCGAAUUUGCAGAUUAAUCGUCUUACGAUCGAUUAAAAGUGGCGCAAACGGACGUAACGUAACGAUAAAACGCACGCAUUUCACGAUCGCACGUUUGCGCAAUCCCACGUCGUCCAGUGUCCGUCUCUCGUCGUCCAACCGUGCUCCGCUCCGCUCCGCUGCGGAGGUCUAACAUUUUACUCAUCAACCAACCAAUCGUCCCUACAGUUCAGUUCGGACGAUCAGCGAAACAAAAGAAAGGGAAGAAACUUUCGCGUUGCGUAGUUCUCAGCUCGAUAUCGUUUCGCAAACAUCAAAGUUUACCGUUCAUCGACCAACUUUUACAACUUGGCGCGACAAGGUUUUACAAACUUUAACGUUUGCAAAACCAAUUACCAAUUACCAGGUCUCACCACGAGGAGGCGACUACGCGCGAGACCCGCCCCGGGGCUUACAAUACAUCGCACAAUACAUCCCAUCCAUACGCACGAUCAUACAACAAUUCGCAGCCGUACCACCGCAUUCAAGGUACAAAGACACGUACGUCGAACUCGGGAAGACGAAAUUAGGAAUCCCUCGUCUCGUCUCGUCCCUUCCUUCGUUCGUCGUUGCCAUUGCCACUUUGUCCGCUCGACGCUGGAGUCGAACUUCCAAGUUUCGCAGUCGGUGUGCCGAAUCGAGGUUCGAGCAUUUGGACGCAAGUAGUCUAGCGCUACCCCCAACGACGCAGCGGGGUUCCGCGGAACCGCCGAGUCGGAUUACCAAGGACGCUAGACUACGAGAAUCUCACCCCGCCGUUUCGGACGAGGCUGCAGUUCCCCGAUUCGGCACACUGGCUACAAAACCAGUCGGAGACCCGACUCCAGCGCAACGACAGAAGCAAAAACGAACGAAAGAAGAAAGGAGACGAGGGAUUCGCAAUCUCGUCCCAAGUUCGAUAAACGCGUGUUUGCGCAGAACGCGUUUGCAACGAAUUUACAGAGGUCGACUAAAACUGUCGAGACGCACGCAUCCCACGAUGUCCCUGGCGUUGUUCCGCCGAGUCGACGCGCACACGACGGAUGUUCAAUCGGCAACGAGUCUCCGUCGUACCACUCAAGGUUGA